AUGUACCAUCUCGACGACGACUAUUUUCAAAGAUUCAAUCAGCCAAGCUCGUCGUCUGUCCAGUUUCCAUCAGAAUCGUUGAGAUUCGGUGGUUCGACAACAUUUGACGAUUCCGGCUCGACAACCCGUUUUCGCUCACAAUCUGCCGAUAAUCGGCGAGCCGCAUUUCAACAGCAACCUAGAACAUAUUCAGAGGAUAAUUCAGAGUGGUCUGGUGUCCCUUUGAAAUCUGCCGAAAUCAACUUCCCAUCGCAGCAAAGACGUCCAGCAUCGACGACUCCUUGGACACAUUCAGAAUAUCAUUUAUCUCUACCUGCUCAAAAUUUUUCGGAACAUUUACGUGAAAGAUCUCCAGCUAGUGGAUCAGCGUUAUUGGAUUUAUUAUCUCGAUAUCCAUCUGCUCAAAAUUCCGUGCAAACCAGUAUCGAAAGACCAACAAAAACCUAUUCUUAUCAGCAAUCAAAUACAACAUUUCCAGUUAUUGAAUAUUCGGUGAGAUCUGAAGAACCUGCAGUUUAUCAAAACAUCCCAAAUCAACAUCAAUAUCAACGUAUUCAAACCACGUUCACUUCAAACGGCCCAGUUACCUCAACAUUACCUCGCGAAUAUUCAUCGAAUCGCAACAACUCAACAAAUACACUUGGUGGUCCUCAACAGGCGCUCUCCUCAUCUAUCUCUCAAUUUUCAUCAUCUUCUUCUUCUGCUCCAGCACCUUCCCCGUUCGAUUUUUACAAUCAACGCCAGCAAAGUGAUCAGCUUGAAUUGCUUGCCGCGCGAUUACUUGAUGAUAAUAUGAGUCGGAGCACUUCCGAAUGGACUAAAUCUUUUGAACAAUUGCAGAAUCGAUUUCAGAAUGUGAAUAAUCAUUCAAAUCAAGAGGAUAUGAACUAUGCAACAUCCGGUUCUAUGACUUUGCCGCGUCGAUCAACACAACCAAUUUCAAAAUCUUCAAGCAAUUAUGAAGUAAAUGCUUCUCUUUUGGGAAGAGCAGUUGAACGCCGAGCUGCAGAAGCGCCAGAACCAAGAAGAUCUGGAGCACUCGACAACUUCUGGAAUCAAACAAUUAGUUCUAGACCAUCAUCUCCUACAAUUCAACGAAUCCCUUCAAGUUUAACAGCCGCUGAGCGUUUACAAAUGCUUCAAGAACCAAUAGAUUCAGAGAAGCGGUAUCCUCCUCAAAGAAUUGGUAGUGGCUCAGCCAUUGCUGCUCGCAAGGCCGAACUAAUGCGAGAGAAUUCAGAGAUGACUAAUCGAAUUGAAGAACGGAUUCGGAGCCCAUUGAAUCCGUCGUUCCCAACAAAUUCUUUCCUCAAUUUCCAUGAUUUGGAUAAUGCUGUUAAUGAAUUGAGCCGCGCUGUGAAACAACAGACAAAUUUUGACACUGGGAGAAGGCUUGGUGGUUGUGCAAGAUUUCCAACCGGUGAACAUGCUUUCAGUCCACCUCCAGUUCUUCCACAAAAACAAAAUCAUAUUCUUCAUCGGAAAUUGCAUUCUCCUUCUCCAACAGAUGAAAAUAGUGAUAGUUCUUCAAUUUAUCAAAUUCCAACAGGACUUCCUCAUCCAAAACCUAAACAUAAUGUUAAAGAGCAAUUAUAUCUUGCUGGAAUUCAGUCUCCAAAUUAUCAAGUUGCUCGCACAAUGUAUCGGAAUGGCCCAAAUUUCCCAGUACCUUCUACCGGAAGUGUGGCAUCAAGAAUCACUGAAUUUGAAAAACGUCCAGGCACCCCAACAAUUCAAUUAGCAUCAGCGAUCAAAUAUCAAGAAGCAAUUCCAACAACUGUUAUUUCUGCAAACUCCACAGUUCAAACAAAUGGAAAUAUGAGUCCAAGAAGUGCAGUUUUUCGAGCAAAACCAGUGAUUCAUGUUGACCUCGGGGUUUCAAAUAAUCAUUAUCAACAGCCGUCGCCACCAAUUCGACAUAUACAAGUGCACACUGUACAACAACAUCCACAACAUCCUAUUCGACAGUUUGAUUCAUCAACGCAUUCGAUUUUCGACUUCAAAUCAAAUGUGAGUGUGGGACCUUUUUUCAGGGAGGGGGGUGGAGCUUUUUCUAUUGUGAAAAUUUUCCAGCAACAAAAAAUAAUAUACUUGUAAGCCAAGUUAUAGAGCUGCAGAGUUUGAAACGUUGUUCCAAAAUCUGAUCACAGUUAUUGUACUCUGAUCGCUAACUUCAGAACCCUAUAAUUUGGCUCACAAAUCUAAUCAUUGCGAUCCUAUAAUUUUCUGGAUAAUUUCGCCCAUCUACAAUUUGCUGUUGGGAAAUUUUCACAAAUCUUCCUUUUUUUCAUAAAAAGUUGGGGUCCAAAAAAAGAUAAAAAUCAGUCAUAAAUAUACAUUGUAAAGAGGUUAAUUGUGCUGUGUUGUUAUUUUUUGUUUUUUUUUCUUGAAAAAUCGGUCUGUUUUUUUCUUACUUUUUUUCUGACAUCUGUUGAUCAAAAAGAGGUUUUUAUACUAGUUGAAUCGACUGUUCUUUUUUCAUUUAUAUAUAUAUUUCUAUGUACAAAUGUUAUCGUUUUUUGAGGUUAGUUCUAUUUUUCCAAAUUAUUUUCGAAAAAAACCAAAAGGAAAACUUGGCUGUAAUUUGACACUGUUUCCUUUUCCAUUUUCUUUUUUUCUGGAAAAAAAACACAAAGAAUUUUCAAAAUAUCUAAUUUUUCUCUAUUCCAUUUUCCUCUCGAAUUGAAUCUUCUUUUUUUGACCUCAUAAAAAUCGGAACGCUUGCACAUUCAAAUAAAAACAACUGAUAUGAACUUGGAGGAUUUUUUUUUCGGCAGAUCAAAUCACAGAAAAAAUCUCUCUGUUUGAUUUCCGACAGCAUGUUAGUGGCAGGUAGUAGGAAAACAUAUUUUUACCAGAAAGUUUUUGAGUUAGUUUUUUUUUUCUUGCAUUUUCUCUAAUUUCCUCCAAUCUCUGAAAAAUUGAAAAAUUCUAGUUACAUUUUUUACCGCUAAUUUUGUUGAAUCUGAAAAUUUCGGUUAUUUUUGAGAUAAUUUUCGAUUUUUAAAUAGUUUUUCUAAUUACAGGGUUUUUCAGUUUGAGAAAAUAUGCGUUUGAAAAUUACGUUUGAUUUUUUUUUACUAUUUCUACAUUUUCCAGUACUUUCAAAGAAAAACUAUGCAUUUAUUUGAGAAAUAAUAAUUUCGGAUUUUUAAUUUUUUGAGGUUGUUUCACUUUCCUAAUGAUCCCUAAUGUUCUCAAAGUAGGCAGAACAAAAAGCACCCGAAAUCCGCAAUAAAACAUCAGCAUUGAGUUUUUAUGACGAUUGUAUAUACAUUUGA